CCAUCCACUUUGGAGAAUGAAUAAAUUCAGGCAAAUCAGGAGCAGGGCAAAUCUGGAGAAAUUACAAAGGGGAGGAGUUCACCUUCCUGCUAUGGCUUUCAGGUCUGUCCUGGACUACUUACUCCAGUAUAAAACUGAGAGCAGAAAUGUGAUCACAUCCUGAGGAGUCCAAUCAAUUCUGGUUUCAACACGGAGCCUAUUUAAUCUGGAGAAUGGAAUUGCUGCUCCUUGCUGUGCUCUGCCUGCACAUUCUCAAGACAGAGGCAGUAGUGGGCCACUGGUGCUACCGGUCCCAGAAGUGUGAGCUGCCCCAGUGUAAAGGUCCUGCCCAGUGGCACCAGCUGCACGAGGCGUGCAGAGGGGAGAGGCAGUCCCCUGUCAACAUCAUCACCCGAAAUGUGCGGUUGGACAGGAGCCUGCAGCCCCUGAGCUUUGAGGGGUACGGCGUGAGGGGCUCUGCCAGGUGGGACCUGCAGAACAACGGCCACACAGUUAAAGUGGCACUAGACGCAUCCCCUAAAAUCGGAGGAGGAGGCCUGGAGAGAAAAUACAAGGCAGUAGAAUUCCAUUUUCACUGGGGAGUCCUGGGAGGGCAACAAAACAUCCCUGGCUCCGAGCACAGCAUAGAUGGAGAGAAAUACCCCAUGGAGUUUCACAUCGUCCACAUCAGAGAAGAUGUUUCAGAUGUGACAGAAGCCAAGAAAACUAAAGAUGGUUUGGCUGUGUUGGCCUUCUUUGUAAAGGCUGACAAAAAAAAUGAAAACUACGAAACUCUACUGAAUGAAUUAAAGAAUAUUAAAUACAAAGGGCAAUCAGCAACGGUGGAUCCUGUGCCACUGAGCUCUCUCCUCCCAGCUGAGGAAGACCUUGGGAGGUACUAUCGCUACCAGGGGUCCCUCACCACCCCUGACUGCUACCAGGACGUCAUCUGGACCGUCUUUGAGACGCCAGUGGAGCUCAGCCAGCACCAGCUGUCCCAGUUCGCAGCACUGCACUUUGAUGGGAAGAACUCCACUCCCAUGAUGGAGAAUUUCCGGCCGGUGCAGCCCCUGAACUCGCGCACGGUGCUCUGGUCAGGGGCUGGCACCGCCCUGCCCACGGCGCAGCUGCUGCUGCUGGCCCUGGCCCUCACCUGCACCCUCAGCUCUCUGUCCCACUGAGCCUUCCCCGCCUCACUCAGCGUCCUGGGCCUUCAUUUCUUGUUAUUUUUGCUGUUCCUUGUCUCAGCCUCUCAUGAAUUGUGUCCCAGUGCAGAAUAGCUUUGUCCUCCUCCAGAUAUUAACCAAGGGCUUCUGUGCUGCUCUGGUGAAACCCAAACCACCAGAACGCAAAGGAACUGGGAGAUAAAGCAAUGAAAAUUCCAUUUUAAAAGCCAAUACACUCAGAGAAAGCGUUAGUCUGGAUUAUGCUGUAGUUUUAAGGCAGCACUGGAAGGAGCUGCACAGAGAACCUCGGAGAGGAAUCUGUUCUUAAGUGCCUGUGAAGGGGUUGGUUUGGAGCACGUUUACAUUCAGCUCUGCAAAUGUGGCACUGAAAUGUGGAGUAAUUCCUACAACCCCACUCUGUCCUACCUGAAGGUACAGCACAGAGCAAAGAUCAAAUGCUCACACACAGGAGCAGCACCUGCUCAUCCCCUCCAGGGAAGGGCACUCACCCAGCACAUAAAUCCUCCUCCUUCCUUCAGAAUAUCUCAGCUAAUUUCAGAUAAGGACACUGGAUUCCUUCCACCCCGUCUCCUGCUGGGGCUAUCAGGUUCCUCUGUUAUUUAUUCAUCCCUCUCUGGGAUGCCGUGUGAUGUGAUGUGCUGGGAGCAGCAGGGAGGCUCAUCCCCACGGACCAGAGGCACAUCUGUGGAAAUUCCCUCUCUUUGGAGGGCUGCUUCUGAAGCAGGAGACUCUGAUCAUCCUUUCUAGUUGUUAUUUGCCUUAUAAAAUAGGACAGCUCAAGAAAUGGCUCUUUCUUACAUAUAUAUAUAUAUAUAUUUCUUUUAUAUAUAUAAUUUUUUAUAGUAGCAUACCUGCAAUAGUCACACGUGGUCAAGAGUCAUAGUUUUUGCCAAGACUGUGGUUUGAACCAAUUCCUUCAGAUCUUACCCAAUUACUUAUAGAAAAUACAUUGGGAAAUGGGGUUUCCUUGUAUUAUUCUAGUUCUCCCUCUGAAGAGGGACAUAACAUUUCUCUUUGGCUAGUGCCAUAUAACAUGUUACAGCUUCUUUUAGGAUUUUAGAUUUUGGCCACAGCAAAAUAGGAUUUCAUAUUAGCAGAUUUGUAUUUUUUUUCCUUUAAGGGCAAUGUUUGCAGAGAUGACUUUAUAUAUUUUCAGGAAAAUCCUGGCAGUGAGAUCAAUCACAGCUCACCAAAAGCAGGGAAAUUAUUUUCAUAUUAAUCAAUCAAUAAAGCUUUAAAAAAAAAAACCCACAUGGGAAAGCAAAUGAACCUAUUUAAGUUUAAAGGAAAGAUUAAUACUUUAACUGUGUUUUUAUGCAACUGAAAUGAAAUAUUAAAGGUGAACAACAGACCUA